AUGGGCCCCAUCGAGUUUAACAAGCGACGCAUCAUCCUGCUCAUCGCCAGCAUCAUCGCCUUCUACAUCGUCUUUCAUGGCCUUUCACCCUCUGGUGACAACUUUCGAGAAGUUGCUUCCCACAUCCCCAUCCCAGGCCAUUUGAACCCAACCGAGCACAAACUUCCCCCUCCAGCGCCCGAUCCAGACACGAUAUGGGACCUAGGUCCCGAUCCAUCUCCUCCACCCGAGCCUGAGCAUGAACCCGAACAUGACACCGAUAGCGAGAAACCGACACCUCCCCAAUCGCAACCUGUGGAGCACUUCGACUUACACCCCAUUGCGCAGUUGAUGCGGGAAGCCGAUGCUGAAUGGCGGACUUACGAGACCGAUAUCUCGACAACAUUUAGGCAGACAGUGGAAAAAUAUAGAAGCAAAUAUGGCAGACAUCCUCCGCCGGGAUUUAAAGACUGGUAUAAGUUCGCACGAAAGAGGAACGUAUUCAACAUUGAUGAUUUUGAUCAAAUCAUGGACGACUUGCGCCCCUUCUGGGCCAUCAAUGCGUCUGUGAUCCGCAGCCACGCUGCACAUAUGUGGGAAAAUCCUGACUUUGGAGUGUCCGUUCUUCAUAUCCGCAAUCACAAGGUGGUCAGGGUGGACAACCCGAGUUGGAGGUCUGAAACCAUGGAAAAAGUCAUCGAGAAGUGUAUCAAAUUCCUUCCCGACAUGGACAUCCCCAUGAACAGAUUGGAUCAGCCGCGUCUGAUCGUUCCUUGGGAGGAUAUGCAAGAGUUUCUACAAAAGGAGUACCACACACGUGUCAUGGCACCCGAAGUCACCGACAGCUUUACGAAGGAUCUACCAGAGCUCCUGGAUAUGAGCAUCGAAGACAAGGAGCUCGACCACUCCACAAGACUCAGUGAGGACUGGAUAUUUGCUCCUGGCAAGCAGUACAUGAAUCUUGCCGCCAAAGGCUGCCCCCCAGAGUCCCCGGCACGGGCAAAGAUGUCUGUCGCCGAGGCGGAUGCUUUGUACAAAGAGCCGAAGCUCGGGUUUGUGAAGAACUUCAACCUCUCAACCGAUCUGUGCACAGUGGGUCCCACUAUCCAGGAUCUGCACGGUAUGCUGUAUUCAGCAAGCAGCGUCAUUGCCUCCCACAAGCUGGUGCCCAUCUUCGGCGAAUGUAAAGUCAGUGUCAACAACGAUAUUCUCUUUCCAGCAAACAUGUACUAUCAGCAUGAUGUGCGAUAUGAUUACAGUGCGGAGGAAGACGUCGAUUGGCGCGAUAAGCAAGAUAAUACCAUCUGGCGUGGCGUCACAUCGGGUGGUGUCCAGCUCGAGGAUAAUUGGGACAGAAUGCACCGACAGAGACUUGUUCAGCUUUUCAACGGCACGUACAUGCAAAUGACUGGCAAAGAGGUCAAAACUCUGACCGAAAAAGACGACGGACCGGGCAAAGUGAACACUACUUAUGAGCUUUAUGAUCGGUUCAAGCCUUCAGAAUUCGCCGACCGCCAUAGCGACAUCGGAUUCACGGAGCCAAUGUCCUGUCUCCCUAAUUGUUCCUUCUACAACAGUGUGUUCUCUUGGAAGCCACAAGUCCCGCUUACUUCACAAUUUAAAUCGAGGUACUUGAUCGACGUCGACGGGCAUUCAUUCUCCGGGCGUUGGCACGCAUUCCUGCAAAGCAAGAGUCUCGGACUCAAAGCAACCAUCUUCCGUGAAUGGCACGACAGUCGACUUCUAGCAUGGCGCCAUUUUGUUCCCGUGGACAACCGAUACGACGACAUCUACGGACUCCUGACAUAUUUUAUUGGAUAUGGCAAACCUUACAAACAACAUGCCGAGGAAGGCGAAGAUUUGAAUCCGCGGGUCUUCAUUGCUCGGCAUGAUAGGGAGGCACAGACGCUCGCUCGGCAGGGCCGCGAGUGGGCAAAUAAGGUGCUUAGGCGGGAGGAUAUCGAGGUAUACAUGUUCAGGUUACUUCUGGAGUAUGGACGCUUGAUUGACGACAACCGGGACUUUAUUGGCUAUUCUGGUGAUGGCAGUGAGUUGGACAAAUUUGAUGAUGGUGAAGAGGACGAAGGCCGCUGGGGUAUCGGAGGAUGGUGA